UAUACUUUAGCCACAUUAGGUAAUUCCGUGAUUUUAAUUUGAGGAAACAAUGAAGAACAUUUAUGAUUAAUUUAUGGUUAGUUUAAUAAAAAACUUAUUAUAUAUUUAUAUGGACCAACAUAUUUUUCUAAGGAUUUUAAAUUUAUUGUGGUGAUGACAUGUGGCUACAAAAAUAUGUUGUAAUGUUUCUCUUUUAAUAUAUAGGGGAUACCUACUCUUAUAAUUGUACUACAAAAAAAACCCCUACUCUAAUAAACAUCUGACUACAGUGAUAAUUUCAGAUGACCAAAUGUGAUUCAUCGAGUUUGGGUGGCCAAUAAAAGAAACAUAAUCGGGUCAAUAUUUCAUUUACUUCACCAAGAUUGUACCUGCCAAAAAGGUGUUACUUUAUAUCAAAUUGAUUUGUAACUUUAAUCAAAAUAACAACAAAAAUACAUUUUAAAUGGUAAUAUACUGAUACAGUCAUGUUAAAAAAAAAACACAAAGAUAUCCUUCAGCUAAUAAAAAUUUAAAGAAAUUUAGUGUUUACCACUUUCAUUGUACUAUUAUUCAUUUUUACCACCACUAAAGUGACAUUUUCAAAAAUAUUUUCUUCAUUAAGUAACAAAAUAGUCUUAUACAUUUGUCUCUAUAUAUAUAAUAAAUAAUUUUUAAAUAAAUAAAAAAAUAAUAAUGAAAAUAAUAUUUUAUGUUUUCGAAUUAUACUUUUUCAAAUUCGAAUAUUUUGUAAAAUGUUUUUUGAAUUUGUUUUUGAAUUUUUUUCGAACCAUUUUUUUCCAAAAUUUCUUUUUGAAAAUCAAAAUUAUGUUUGAAACUGUUUUAAAAAAAAUUUAAAAAUAUAUAUAUAUAUAUAUAUAUAUAUAUUUAUUUAUUUAUUUAUUUAUUUAUUUAUUUAUUAGAAUCCUAACUUUUAUAUUCCAAAAACUUUACUACAUUUCUCAACUCUAAACUUUAAGUCUAAAUUAGUUAAUCCUAAAGGUAUAGAUGUAUUUUACCCUUCAUUAAAACUGAGAAUAAAAAUGGUUAGUGUAAACAAGAAAAGUGAUAUUAUGAACGUGGUAUUGUGGCAAUUUCCCUAGAACUUUAUGGUGAAUUAAUUAGUAAACAAUAUAUUUAUUAAGAUACGUUUUUACUAAUUCCGUUAUGAAUUUGGAAUAUUUUUUUAAUAGAUGUACUAAAUAUAAAGUGUGUUACAUAUAUAGUCAAGUCAAUGAAUUUAGCUUCAUGUGAUUAUUUUCUUACUAAUCUGCACAUUCCUAAAUAGAGAGAGAUUAUCUCUUAUAUAUAAUCUGUUUACUGAUAAACAACCACCCCCAAGAUCUAAAUAAAUCACAUACCUCUUUUUACCACAUUCAAGGCAAUGGCUUUCUCUUGCGUCACAAGAGACCUAAUUUCAGUUCUUGCCCUUCUUCUUCUAUCAUUUACCCCUUCGUCGUCAUCUUUUUCUCCGAGGGACAAAGUCACAAUAGGAGUGCUUGCCCAACUCUGCGCAAAACCGCCAAUCUACGACCAUUUCUGCGCCGGUUGGCUAGCCCCUGAUCCAGAAACUUUCAACCUCGACAUAAGUGGUCUUGUCGACUUGGUCCUCCAAAAGACGCAGUUGUUUGCCUAUAAGAAUCUUGCCAUGAUGAAAGGCUUAAUGAGAACCACAAAUGAUCCGAGGCUCAAGGCCCCAUAUACGACUUGUGUGACAGGUUAUGAGUCAGCCAUUAAAGCCAUCGAGGGAGCUCAAACGUUUGCGACCUCUAAAUCGUACAAGCUAGCAUCUCAAGCUGCUUCUAAAUCCUUUGAUAGUAUAUCUUCUUGUGAAGCUAAUCUUAAAGGACAGCAAAAUGUGCCUGCUUAUGUUCCUCAACGCAAUUUGAUGUACGGAAGAAUGUGUACCGUUGAUUCAGUUUUUUCGAGCGUUUUAAGUUCUUGAUUCUUUUGUAUCUUUCAUUCACCUACAAGGUGGCAAUAAAAAAUAUACCUAUCAAAACUCCAUUUACUAUCUGGUGUAAUAACAUAUGUUUUUCUUUUGAUAAGUUUUUUGGACUUCCAACUUAAAACUAAUUGGCAAUUAUUAGAUUGACCUUAACUUUCUAUAUAUUAUUUAAUGUUAUGCUCGGAACUUUAAAACAUUUAUACACGGUCGAGCGAGUCAAUUACGACAUUAAUACCCGGUCAGGUAGGAUUAUACUAAUUAAGGAUUUAGGGUAUUUAGGAUAUGGGCUAUGAUAACCAUUAGUCUCACGGAAUCCAUCAUACCCCUCCGAGAUAAUGCUCUUUUCUAGCUAUCUCGAAGAAAUUGAGCCUUUCAUUGGACCAUCAAUUCGUGGGAUGAUCGGGCCACUUUCCGGGUCGGAUUAAUGGAUCAGGAUAUUGGGUCCGUUCUGAUAUCAUGAUAAAUUUUAUGGGCUUCCAACUUAAGAUAAAUUGACAAUUAGUAGAUUGACCUUAACCAUUUAUAUAUUAUUUAAUGUAUUUUAAAAUUCCCAUGUGGAAUACUUAUUCCUAAUAUCUUUGUUUCUUAUAUUUACUUUUUCAUUUUUUUUUCAUGUAAAGUUUUGUUACGCUAUGUUGAUUAUAUAUGUUGUGAUGUAGAAAUUAUAGGUAAAGAUAAAAGAUAUCUAAUCUAUUUUAUUAAAAUAGAAGUCGUAAUUUCUUUUCAAGUUUCAUAUUUAAAAUUUGGAUUUUCCCUAAAAAAUUAUGUGAUAGGUAUUUCUAAAUAACAUUUUGGCAUCAUAGCUAAAUCACCUCAUAUAUUAUCGACUACAAUAACUAUUUUGCUUAUAUAUUGGUUCGGUUUACUAAAAUAUUUUGUCAUCAAAAAAGAAUCACAUUAUAGAUGUGCGAGUAUAGUAACAUUCUCCUCUAUGGCAACUGAAAAAAAAAAAAACUCCUCAACCAAUCCAUGGUUAAACUGUGAUCAAACAACAUCACGCUUAGUUAGGAUUAUAACUUUGUAUAUAUAUCUUUUACAGUGUAUUUUAUUAAAUAAAAUUUCUUACUUAUAUGAUUUUGUAAUCAUUUGUAUCUUAUCAUAA